CUUCAAGCUCAAGAAUAAUGUCAUCCCUCGCGUUAGCAACUAACAUGCACACAGCCGAGUCAAAUGUCAAUCUCUCCCAGGUAUGGAAUAUCAUCGGUGAACUGCAAAUCGUCAUUCCAGACCUCGAAACCCCGUACUCCCGAGCUAGUUUCCCCAACACGAACUACUUUGACACUGAGUCCAAAGACCAGACCAUCAGCGCCAUCAUUACUGAACGCCAACAACAACGGAAUGCAGUUUUGGACGAGAUCUCAGGCCUAGAAACAGUCAUGCACAGUAUCGACAAUCUUCGCCAGCAACUCGUCGAAAAGAAGGACAAGAUCACCCAGUCCAUGAAUUUGCACAAGAGAUUUGCAUCGACUCUCUGGCGCUUGCCAACUGAAGUCCUAUCCCAGAUUUUUCAUCAUUGUCUCCCAACAAUUCCAGCAUUCGAUGAACUCCAGCUGUCAUCGCGGCUAGAAGCUCCCAUGAUGUUGACUGCGGUAUGCCGACGAUGGAGGGAGGUUGCUGUGGACACACCCAAUUUGUGGUGCAAACUUCAUGUGCCAAUCGUCUCCAGAGACCAUUGGGAGGGGCAAGCCUUCUGCUGUCACUCAUGGCUCAAGCGGUCACGAGGUCUUCCAUUAUCGCUAGCUCUUCAAUACUACGGAGAUAGCUUUAAGCUACGAAGCCUUCUUCAGCCUUACAUCAACCAAAUAUCGUCUCUCCAUAUCCAUAUCUUCCCAGACGCGGACGAACUUGAUGUUUUGUUGGAAGACCUCGCAGCACUUCAGGACCUGACCAUAGUCAUUGAGGAUCGUGACAUGGCAUUUGACACGCGAUCUAUCGAUGAAGAAUUUUCACAAUCUAUCUCACAACUGCCAUUCACUCUGCGCAGUCUCACGGUAGUCGGGUUGUACCUCAAACCCAAUGACAUAUCCUCUGUCAAUCCCGUAUGGGCCCACCUGACAAAUGUCGACAUCGAGAUACAUAAACCGCGUGCAUUCCUCCACUUGCUCCAGCUAGGUCCCAACAUCUCCUCGUUGAAAGUUCGCGUGGAAUCCAACCGAACACGGGCCUUUAAGCCAUUCACGCACACCAAACUUCAAUCCUUACGCAUCGGCUUUGGAAACUCAUCCAGUAACCCAUUACUUGUCCUGUUCAAUGCUCUAACACUCCCCAAUCUGCGCAUACUUGAAGUUAACGAUGUAAGAGUGUGGCCUCAUGAGGAAUUGAAGGCAUUAUUGUCGCGGUCAAAGUGCACCCUGGAGACCCUGAUUUUCGGCCCUCGAGUGAAGACGACAGAGGAGCAGCGAGCGGAAUAUGUUGCCCUCAUCCCCUCACUCGAGGUAGUGGCGUUGGAAUAUGGAUUUGUUGACGGUAUGCUCACCAUUGUUCGCAGUGAGCAGUGACUUAUUACAUAGGAUGGUGCACUGCACUGGCGCCCUGCAUACUAAGUACUCCCUAUCUCACUGCUCAUAGUGUACAGUAUAGGACCGGUCCUUUACCCACCCCCACUCCUUUACCCACCUCAGGCAAAACUUCUAAUUUCUUCAAUUUUUCGUAUCAACAUAUAGAAAGUAAUUGAAGAUGAGGCCUCAACAGACAUUGCUAUAGUAUAUGAUGAAUACUUGAUGUCUGCGAUGUUGUGCAUGACACAAAUUAGUUGCCUCAGUGAAUUCUAUUGAGAGUCAUAGUAGAUCAAUGAUUUUUUUCAAGAAAAA